AUGGUCUCCCCUAAACCCGUCAACCGUCUCAACCUCCACAUCGAUACUGUUAUCGACUCCCAUCUUCCUCGUAAUUAUCACCAAGAUUUACGAGAUCCUAAUUUGCUAAAUGCAAUGAAAGAAGAAUUUAAUGCAAUUAUCUCUAACAAGACUUGGGUACUUGUUCCUGCACCUCCUGAUGCUAACAUUGUUAACUGUAUUUGGCUAUUCAAAAAGAAGUUUAAUGCAGAUGGAUAUCUGGCUCCACAUGGUGCACAUAUGGCGUAUCUCCUCUUAUAUGUGGAUGAUAUUGUGUUGACUGCUUCUUCUACCACUCUCAUUCAACAGGUACUUCCGAGGGUUGUGGGAAGGCGAAAGUGUGACUGUACACAUCUUGAUUUUAUGUUGUUGAUCUUGGGAAACUCUAUUUUUGAACAAUGA